GUCAACGUUGUGUGCAACGGUAAAAGCUAACUGUCGUGCAGUCUCGCUCUCGCUCGCUGCAUUUCGCUCUCGUCGCUUGCUGCGAGUGAUUCGUUUCCUCUGAUCAAAGAAUAUUUUGUAGUUUUCCACCGAAUGCAGGCACAAUUACUGCGCAAAAACACAAGAAAACGCGCGACCAAGUGUCCCAAAAGUUAACAAAGCUCUACAACACCGGAAAGUGUCGUUUACCAUCGGGGAACAGCAAAAGGACAAGCGCCGCAGCAAAGUGAAAAAAACGUAGGGAGUUUUGGAGUGAGUGGGAGUGAGAGGGAAGGAGCACCAUAGCGGUGGUGGGUGUACGUGCGCGAGUAUUGGUGCUGUGUCCAUGUCCGUGUUAUCGCCAGCAGCAUUCAAGUGCUCCAAUUCGUGGCGCACGCGCAGGAUAACUCGCGCUCUCUUGCUCUCUUUCUCGACUUAAAAGAGGAACAGGAUAUUUUAUUAUACUGAAAUUCGUACGCAGCAAAUUCGCAUAGUUGCGAAAGCUUCGCGCUGCCACACGGACGCAUUCCGCUACGGGCUCCCCGCACACCCACACACUCUCACACCCGCCCGCCGCGAACCCACACACACGCGCCCGCAAGCACCCUCGCGCACAGAUCAAUGAAAAGGCAAAAAAGUAAAUUGCACUUUUUCCGGGAACCAAAAACAUGUUGAAAUUAUCUCACAAGUUGCGCAAAAAAUGCCGCAGCAAAAAAGUUGCAUGGAAAGCCGUGAAAGCGACGAAACUGUGAAACGAAACGAAAGGCAACGAAACACGGCGGAGAAAGGAGCAAAGAGAGGCUGCAAGGAUGUACUGCUUCUCGGAAUCGCAAGCCAUUGACCACCGAACCAGCGAUACGUCUCUAACAAAAACCCGCACCUAGCCAAUUGCAUUUUGCAUUUUGUAUUCUCACUGCCCCCGGAAGUAAAAGCAGCUUCAGCGGAAAUUAAAACAAAUCUAAGCCGAAAUAAAAGCCAGAGCUAGCGAGCGAAGGAGAUAGAAGUAGAUAGAGAGGAAGAGAGAGAAAGAGAGAGCUACCAGAGAGAGCAAGUGCAUCCUUUUCACAACGCGGCACACAUUUACGACCGGUGACUGCAACUAGCCCACUCCCUCACCUCCGCCCCCUCUUCACCCCGGCCCAAGUUGUCCCUUGCAAUUUAUGAUCUCAUGUUUUCAUAACUUGGGCAGCAGCCGUUGGCACGGAUUAGACGGAAAACGUCAAGCAUCAGGACGUGAGGAGGUACCCAGUUCCAAAGUGCAGGAACACUCCACUCGCAACGAAGCCCGAACUUGCAUUUUUAUAUCGCAUUUUUGUAAGGAACCAGAGGAACGUGUUCAGCAUUGACCAAAUGCCAUCGCUACCAGCUCUAGUUGGACGAGCAAGCAAAUACGGCAAUUAACAGAAGUUGCCUUCAAACGAAACCCCACCCAAGGCGAGAGGAGGACAGGAACGAAGGAAGACAUUCCCAAUCGGAUCCCCACUAAUAAAUGCAGUGGAAGAAGAAGUUUACUCGAUUGAAAGCAGCUACUGGAAAUUCGCGUGUGCGAAGAAUGCUUUGUUGUGGACGCAGAAAGGAGAAUGGAAGAUCAGUUCCUGAUGUCACCGCAAGCCCGGGUCGGGCCCCGCCCGGACCGCUGCCCGCCAACCAGCUGUCUUCGAUGGGCAACCAGCAACACCAUGGCAACCAGCAACACCAUGGAAACCAGCAGCAACAUCAUGGCAAUCAGCACGGCAACCAUCGAGGUCAGAGCGGAAGUUUGUCGAACGCCGCCGGGGUCAAGGACCCGGUGAUGCUCCAGGGCGAUUUCCGGAAAGUCAGCGGCAUCAGCUCAGAGAUCUUUCGGCAGAUAGAGGCCGUCGAGAAUGACCACGACCCCAACACGGCGGCGGCCUUGGAGGCGGUGGAGCGACGCGGUGAGAUGAUCGUGCGCGUCCUGGAGCCGCGUUGCAUGGGCAGCAAGCAGGCGGUGGACGCCGCCCACAAGCUGAUGAACAAGGCGGACGCACGGCACACCGUGCAGCUGGUGGAAAUAGUCAAGCGGCCGGGUCAGACGCUGGGCUUGUACAUCCGCGAGGGAAACGGGGCCGAUCGCACCGAUGGCGUGUUCAUCUCCCGGAUUGCACUGGAGUCGGCUGUCUACAACAGCGGCUGCUUGCGGGUGGGCGAUGAAAUCCUUGCGGUAAAUCUGGUGGACGUGACACACAUGUCCCUAGACGAUGUCGUCAUUAUUAUGUCAAUUCCGCGCCGCUUGGUGCUGGCGAUACGUCAGCGGCGAGGCAAUAGAGGCACAGGAUCUCCUGGACCGCCGACGCUCUCUCGGCCAGAACAGAAGCCCCCACCGGUUGUUGUUAUUAAGCGAGACUUGCGGGACGAGGAUCUGGACGAGACGGACCGAAUGCCGAGGCCGCGCUCAUCACGUGACAGACGUACAGGAGAUGGUCGCGAAAUGACGGAAUCUCGUUCUCGGCUAGGCCUGGGUCUCAAUAAUUACAGUCCGCAGUCCGAGCAGUUGGAUAUGUACUACAAUACCCGCGGCGGAGGUGGAGCCAUGGGCGAGCCGCCCAACUGGGGCUAUAAACCACCACCGCCACCGUCUUCGGUGAUUACGGAGCAGCCCACAAAAGCACAUGCUUUUGCGCCUUCGCAUGCUUACUACCAAAAUGCCGGCACUCUUGAAAGCUUGGCGGAGAAGGUACAUGCAUUCUAUCCUGGACAGCCUGGUGCUCCGCCCGUGGGUCCCUCGCGAAGAAUGUCCACGGGCACUGGGAACGUGGGCCUCGCUCAACAACAUGCCAGAUUUCCGCGAUCUGGCUCAGAUCAGCAUUUACCUCGCGUAGAAUAUUCGGAUUAUUCCAAUUCCCUGGGACGCCAUUCCCUUCUACGAUCAAGUUUAAAACCUGGAACGGCCGGUGGAGCUCCAAUGCAGGUAGGAGUGGGAGGCACUCUUGGCCGAUACGGGCGCUAUGACCAACAGAGAGCCGGUGUAUCCAAGUACGGCCCUCCAUCUGGAGGAGCUCAAUCGCUGACCCGGCGUUCCAGACCAAAUUUGGACUAUUCCAGCGAUACGGAAGCCACAAUUGGGCCCAGGCCAAGUUACUACUACUAUAACAGACCUGCCAUCGGCAGUAUGUCAAGGGGAUCAGGUGGAGCAGGCGGAGGAGUUGGCGCAGCUUCAACGGCUGCCUUGCUGGCCGGAGCUGCGGAUCUCAAUAAAUUUAACUCAUUGCCCCGAGAGCGCCCUGGGACGAGAUUGCAGGGCAUCCGCUCCAGAAUGGGAGAUCGCUUGGUGGACGAGAAUGACGGAAAUACCUCGGCACCCGAGUUCGAUGCACGGAGGGGAAGGGAUUUACGUCAGCGAAUUACCGCCAGUCCGUCGAUAUUUACGGCGGAUGAAUACCGCGCCUGGCUCAGGAGGGCACCUAGCAGUUCUGCCAUUGCGGAACAAAUGCGAAUGACGCGGGACAUGUUUGCCCAGCCACGGGCUCAGCGAUUUUCAUGUAGCGCUGAGAACAUCCACGAUGCACUGAGAAAUACGGAAAGCAUCUACUCCAGUAGAACCCAUAUCCUUGGCACGGGCACUCUCGAUCGGAACAUGGGUCUUACACGACCAAUUUCUGCACUACCCGUGCGCUCCAUGUCCUCGCAGCACAUUGGAGGAGCGGGCUCCAUUCGAUCGCCUAGCAUACGACGCAUGCGACAGUUACUGGAGCUUUCCGCAGGUCCCGCCAGCCCGAGCGGCAGCAUCUUGAGCACCGGUGGCCACCAGAGUCCGGCACCAACACCAAGUGCCACCUUACCACGCCCACACCGCCAGAUCGACAUAAACCCGGCGGAGUUUGCCAAGUACAAGCUGGAUAAGCCCAUCGUGGAUAUUGGAGGGAUCUCCGGCAUGUUGUGGAUUCAUUUGCUAGCAGGUCGCGGCCUUAGAACAGCUCCAGAGGGAGCAGCAGGCGCGGCGCCACAGGGCCAAACCAGAGAUCUUUACUGCGUAAUCGAGUGCGAUCGCGUGCACAAAGCACGGACAGUGGUGCGAUCGGGUGACCUGCAGUUCGACUGGGACGAGUCGUUUGAGCUUGACUUGGUUGGCAACAAACAGUUAGAUGUACUAGUCUACUCGUGGGAUCCGCAGCACAGACACAAGCUGUGCUACCGAGGCGCAAUUUCGUUGUCGUCAAUCCUCCGUCAGUCUCCACUUCAUCAGCUGGCCUUAAAGGUUGAACCAAGGGGGACGAUAUACAUUCGCAUGCGGCACACGGAUCCACUGGCUCUUUACAAGAGGAGGGGCCUUCCGAGCCUGAGAGCAGGUUACCCUACGCUCUUCGGCGCUGAUUUGGAAACGGUGGUAAAUCGGGAGUCCAAAAAUGCUCCCGGAAGUGCACCCGUUCCCAUCGUAUUGAGGCGCUGUGUGGAGGAGGUGGAGCGCCGUGGUCUUGAUAUAAUCGGGUUGUACCGACUGUGUGGCUCGGCUACCAAGAAGCGUUUGCUACGCGAGGCCUUCGAGCGCAAUAGCCGUGCAGUGGAAUUGACCCCGGAACAUGUUCCUGACAUCAACGUCAUCACCGGCGUCCUCAAGGAUUACCUCAGGGAACUGCCCGAGCCGCUGUUCACGCGCUGUCUUUUCCAGAUGACGGUCGAUGCCUUAGCUGUCUGCCUACCAGAUGACCCGGAGGGCAAUGCGAAACUGAUGCUUAGCAUACUCGACUGCCUGCCGCGGGCAAACAGGGCCACCCUGGUAUUCCUUCUGGAUCACCUCUCGCUGGUCGUUUCAAACUCGGAGCGGAACAAGAUGUCCGCCCAGGCGUUGGCCACCGUGAUGGGCCCACCGCUGAUGCUGCAUUCGGCGAGUGCGCAGCCGGGAGCUGACAUCGAUCACGCUCAGCCGAUCGCGGUGCUUAAGUAUCUGCUGCAGAUCUGGCCGCAGCCGCAGGCGCAGCAUCAGCAGAUGGCGCAGCACAUGGGCGGCGCUGCGGGGGCGAUGAUGGGCGGCUUGGUCACCGCCGGGAGCAUGAGCAAUAUGGCGGGUGUUGCUUCAGGUCGGCGCGGCGAGUCAACAGGGCAGCGUGGAAGCAAAGUCAGUGCGUUGCCAGCGGACAGACAGCAACUUCUACUGCAGCAGCAGGCGCAGCUCAUGGCGGCGGGCAAUCUUCUGCGCUCGUCCACUUCGGUAACCAACAUACUCUCCCAAGGCCAUCCUCAGCUCUCAGCCACAGCCAACAAUCAUCUGUAUCAAUCAGUAGUGGGUCAGUUAGCUCAAUCGCAUCGAGCCUUGCAACAAGCGGUGCAACAGCCCUAUCAAUUGGGGGGCUCAGCGGGCUCAGCAAUUCCCGACCCAUCGCCACUGCCACUUCCAGGCACACCCUCCCCCGGCAGUAGCUCUGCAUCGACGGGCUCGGGCUCCGGAUCGGGUAAAAGCACGGAUACCAUCAAGCGCGGUGCUUCGCCUGUUUCCGUUAAGCAAGUCAAGAUCGUCGACCAGCCAUCCAGUCCAUAUUCCAUUGUGAUGAAGAAGCCGCCGCUGCAGAAAGAUGCGCCCGUAGAAAUCACCACACCCACCACGCAGGCGGAUGCAGAGUCGACCUUGGGAAGCAAGGAAAGCAAUGGAACAUCAUCUCGAAGGGGAAAUGGGGACUUUUAUGAUACGCAUAAGGCGCAGGCCAGGAGUUUGGUGAACGAGGAAUCCAGCUACAGCUCCAAGUACACUGCCUUGGAAACUAAGAAGAUCGGCCUUGGCAACAGUAGCUACACGCCCAGCAAGGCGAGUGCCAGUGGCCUUUCUGCCGGCGAGGACUACAAGGCGAUGCGAAACAAGUCGAGCGCCACAUCCAGCUCAAGCUCAUCGCAGGCAACCGUUUUGAGUGCUGGCUCUACGGCCACAUCAGCCCCGACCACUUCUUCGGACGAUUCGGAUGAUCUGGUCUCCUACAAGUCAUCGGCGUCCACAAAUGCCUUGCUGGCCCAAUCGCAAGCCAUGACCACCAGUCAGCUGAUGUCCAAGUAUCUCAAGCGGGAGCCACGGGUACAGUUUACGCCGAUCAAGUCACCGGAAUCGCCCUCGCCACCGGGUAGCGGUGAUGGUCUGCCCAAGGGUACUUACCAACUGGUUACGCCUAACUCGGGACCGUCGAGCAAACCGGGUGCUACGACUGGAGCUAUAAGCAAGUACACCACCGGCUCAGUGGAUUCAUCUAUUAGUGCGAACAGCCAGAAGUUGUCAUCGCCCUCUCGAUUGUGCAACAGCAAGGAUAGCAGCAGCAGGACUGGAACGGGCAGUAGUGCGACAGCCGGAACCUCUUUGGUUUCCACCGGUCGGCGUUUGUUUGACAGCCUCGCCUCUUCAUCAUCCUCGGAAACGGAGACGAAGACGUACGUAGGUGGCACCACUGCGGCCAGUGGGGCCAUCACCAUCACCACCACCACGUACACCAACGACACCAAGAACUCCGGCAGCAGUAGCAGUAAGUCGGGAAUAGGAGGGGGGUCUGGAACUGGGUUGGGAGCGGUUUCGGGAGCAAGCUCCGAGACUCGAAGCUUCGGCAGUACGCUAUUCGGCAGUAGUGGCUUAGGUAAUGGCAAUGGCAGUAGCCACAAUCACUCUAACGCCAGUCCAAGUCCCUUCACCACCACCAACGGCAACGGUAACCACAAUACCAUGCAUCUGUAUGGCACCUUGCCCAAGAACGGAACCUCCACGGGGGCAGCUCUGUUUGGCGGGUCGGCCAACAGUUCCUCGUACCACUCUUCCGCGAGUGGAAGUGGAGCCGGAACCGCCAGCAGUAGUGGGGUCAGCUCCAUGACGGGCUCCACAAAUAGCUACGACUUCUACACGAGCACAAGCUCCAGUGUGAGCAGUUCGCGGCCCUUCGCCAACGGUGGCAACAACUAUCACACACUGGGAACCUACAGGGCUCAGUACGCCGCCACUAAUCCCUUCCUGGACGCCUUCGACGAAAAGCCGGGCAGCAACGGGGGUAGUACCCACGGGGAGGAGAAGCUAGACAAGGGCGCGGACAAGGGCCACCACAGAGCGGCCGUAAUGGCCUUUCAGUCGUCAGGAGACUCGAAGAACGGUAGCGAUGAGUACGAUGACAUCAAGUGAGGUAGGAAAAGGGCUAUAAAUGCGGUUAGGAGAAAAGAAUAUAGAUACAACUACGAUUAUACGCGUGCGACUGGUGAGAGUAAAGAGAUCUAAAAGCUCGUCUUCCUGGUUUAACUUUCCUUAGUUCAUCAAAUACUUUCGGGCAACGAAAACGAUCAAGAGUUAAAUGCGUGCUCUGGUGUAAACUUUUUAUUUCCUACGAAUUUGAUCGGAAGGCAUCAAAACAUUCAUUCCCUUUCUCCAUUGCGUUGCGCGCGUAUAAUCGUAGUUACGUAACAAAAACCAAUGCCACACAAUGCUGAAAGUGUUCUUUUGAAGUAUUUACAGUUUACAAAUUUACAAAGUACGAACGAUAGUUGCAUAUAAACCCCUAUGAGAACCCUCUAACUUUAGAGUCUAAAGCAAGCAUAAUCUGCAUACAUAAAAUUAAAUAGUCGCCGAGCUCUGUGUAUGUGUUUAUAAAUACUUGUGAAAGCUUAUCCCUGGUAGCGUUUAAAGGGUCGAAGCGCUUGACCGUGGUUUGCCGUUUAGCUAACAUAAAUCCAUAAAUCCGAAUUCAAUAACAUUUACGAACAGUAUUUUUUAAUGAACUAUAACAUAAAUUAAAGUCAACAGCGUAUACAAUAAAUUACAUUUAAAAAUACGAAUAGAAGAACUUACCCAAAAGGUUGAACACGCAUUUAAUUUUUAAAAAUAAUCCUAUAUCGACUUACACCCCUCUAGUAGACACGAUUCGUUACUGAUAUAUUUUUGCAUACUCCCUUUUCGCAGUGGAAACUGCAUAUAAGGAAAGCUCUUAUAAUCUACCCACACAAUAUCUUUUGUGAGCGUUUCUAUGUGACCAACUCUCUUAUCUGGAAAAGCAAUGUACACGACUAUGACAACCUGUCUAAUUAACUACUCGACGACUUUUGGAGCAACACAUUUGCCUACAAUGUUUCCCAAUGCCUCUUUUAUAAAACCUAAGUGUGCAUAUGUGAUCAAGUAACGAUCGAACUCCCGAUUAGGAUUUCACAUAGCAGACACCACUCGCAAACCGCAAACUGACAUGCAAAAUACAAAUACAUGAAUUUAUUAACGAAUCAAUGUGCUUAGUUUUUGUAUGAAACAAAGUCUGAUAUAUACACUAAUAUACAACGGUACAGUAUAAUAUUUCUAAACAUUUAAUCAUAAUUAUACAAGCGAUGGAAAAAAUAUGUAAUGUUAAUAUAUAUUACUAAAUAGCAAGUUAAGAACGCUUUGCGAUUAAGAAGUUUACAGCAGGUAUGUUUUCAAAGCUUUUUAAAACGUAUUAACGACCAACUGUGCUUAACCCCAAUUGUAUAGGAAAUUACACUUAUAACGAUCUCAAUUUUAUAAAAACUUAAAAUUCAUAAUACUUUCGAAUACAUAUGUUGCGGAACUGUAAAUACCCAAAAAGGAAUUUACCGAUCUCGUAGUCAAGUAAUCAGUAAAUGAGGCUGGUUAUAGUCAUAGGCUUUGGCGAACAUCCUACACCCCUUAUUAUUUAAAUAGAGUUAGACAAGAUCAUUUUAAGAAACAUACGAGACAAAAAUAGGAAAAACUAAAAUACCAAAUAAGCACUGAGGUACAGAAAGAUUUAUGUUAGCUAACAAAAAUGAAAAAUCAUUCGUCUUCAUGCAAGUACAACUUUCUCCAGCGACUCAAUAAAAUCAAUUAAAGUAAAAAGCCUCACUUAUUACAUUACAGUUCAUUCAGUCAUUUCCAUAACUAAUCGAUAUUAUAUAACCCAAAACUAUAAUCAAUGUUGUGGAUUAUUUGAUUUGAACAAUUAGUACGGCUUAUAGAGAUCGAUUGGGAACCCCAAACACAAUAAGAUUUUAAAUAGUAAAAUAUUCGGUUAAUUGUUGCCAGAUUUAUUUUAUAAGAAUGGAUAGCAUUUAAAGUGUUAAACAUGAUUACCAAACCAAAGAGUUUAAAACCACAAUAUAGGCAACCAUAUAGUUGAGCAAAUUGAUUUUUAUAUAGUGAAUUGUUAAUUAUUGCAUAUAGCACGUAGAAUUUUUAACAAAAGUCAAAGUUCAGGCGGAUGAGUUAUUUUGAGGUGGUCGCGACUCGCUUGCCGCCAUCACUGCCCAACUUUAUUGAUUUUACGAUUUUAACUUCAUACAUAACCAAGGAACAUCAAUGUUACUAAAGCUGUCGCCUUCGUUUUAAACACAAGUAAGACCCUAGUACCCCCAUUAGCUCUGCAAUCCGGUUUUUAAUUGGUUUAUCCCGAAAGCUUUAAUCGUUGAACGACCAGAAUUACGCGGUUACAAAUUCUAUAAAUAUUCCCUAUAUACCAUAUAAUAGUAGCGGAGUUGGUGGAAGAUGUCAUGGCAACACUUCGGUUUAUUUGCGAGUUGUUGUGGCUUCAUAGUCGUAGUUAGUUAGCUCUAGAUGUAAAACACGGCGGAGAUUCGAGCGUUGUCAGUUGGUGGUGGAAG